AGAAAUAUUGGUUAUGUGGAAACAGAAGAAUGCCGAUCGAAUGCUCGUGGAAACAGCUGCUACUGCGACAGUUUUAUUUGUAUUUUUGGCUGCAAGGAUAAGACGAAGUUCAAUGUGUAUUAAUUUUUUAUUUGUUAUCAUGGUUUCAUGUUCUCUUUACCUUUAUUCACUUCGGUUAGGUGUAAAUCUUUCCAAUCUACCUGUAUUAUUUUACAAACGAAUUUUUGAUGGAACGGACCAAAGGUACUACUUGCUGUUAUUUUAUGGCAUAUGUAUCUUUGCAACAUUGAUAUUCUGCAUUAUCGUGAAUCAUUCAUCGCAUUGCUCAACUAUGCAUCGGAAAUUUUUCCAUCUCACAGUAUCGUUAAUUUGUAUAGCCGGUAUUCAGUAUGAUUUUGAAUUAAUUUGGCUCUCCGCUUGGUUAAUGCUUUGUAUUUUUGUAAUCAUUGAGGUUUUUCGUUCCAAACAUGUAUCACCAUGGUCAACGUAUCUGAAUGGCUGGUUGUUGAUUUUCAUUGAUAAACAGGACUCACCGGAACUUAUCUUAACUCCUAUUUAUUUACUGGCUGGGAUAUUUUUGCCUCUCUUCCUUUCACCGAUCGCUAAUAACGAAUAUCGGCAUUUGUAUCAUUUCGCUGGUGUUGCUACAGUUGGUGUUGGUGAUAGUUUGUCAGCAGUUGUUGGUUCACGAUAUGGACGUUUACAUUGGCCAAAAUCACGGAAAACAGUGGAAGGAAGUGUUGCAUUUGCUGUUAGCCAAUUUAUCUUUUCCAUUCUAGUAUGUAUGUAUUAUUUAAAAUGUGAUAUUGGAUUGUAUCGGUUGCUUUGGAUUCUGCUUUGCUCACUUAUAUGUGCUCUUUUUGAGGCUGGACUACCUGUCAUGGAUAAUAUCAUUCUACCUGUGAUAGCUUAUUUGAUUCUGUUUUAAUUUUUG